AGGCCAGGCCCAGUUCCCUCUGCGGCCUCUUACUCUCAGGAGCUCACGUGGCCGCUCCUGACCACACGGCGGGGGCGGGGGGUGCGCGCAGGAAAUGGGUCCGGCUUCCGGUGCCAUCGCUCCUUGGGUCAGGGAAGACACACUGGGAAUCGCACCGUGAUUCUGCCAUGACGUUCGUCCCAAGGCCAUCAGAGAGAAAGACUGCAUAGCCUCAGAUGGGGAAGGACUCAUGGAGAACCCUUGGUAAACUCACUCGGAGAAAACUGUAAUGGUGGCAUCCUCCGGCUUCAGGGAGCAGCUGCAUGGGGUCAGGAGACGAGCCUGAUCAAAUGCCAUUCACACCGUCCUUUCUUUGGCUUUGCACCGUUUCCUGUCAACAUGUGACAGUGGGCCAAUUUGGGCUCUCAAGAGAGCCCAGUACAGUCUGUUCCUUUCAAGUUCACGGCAAGGUUCAUAAAUCACCUGUGUUUAGGAGAAUCUGUUACUCUGUGGCCUAGGACGAUGGCCCCUGUAGGAAUGCUGCAUAAAAAAAUGGUUUGCAGAAUUCCGCUGGCCUCUUCUUUGAAAUGGCCUUUGUGGAGAGGCGGCUUCAGUGCACACCUUGAACAGUGAUUUAGGAAGAAGAAAAGUUCCUUGGAGAACGGAGUCAUGGCCAAAGCCUACUCCAGACGGAACAGUGUGGGACUUUGACCCAGGUGUAGUGGACACAGUCCUGUGGUCCCACCUGUGCAUGUGGGAGAGAUCAGGGAUCAGCCCUGCCCACAAUAACCCUUGGAGAUCCGGAUUCACAGCCUGGUGUGUUUGGAAAGCUCUCUCUAGGUGAUUUGGAAACAGCCCAUUAGCGGUGGAACUGUGUCCCCCCCAGCUCCCAAGUGUAUAACUUGAAGUCCUAACUCUCAGUAUCUCAGAAUGUGAUCUUACUAGGAUAUAGGGUCCUUGCAGAUGCAAUUAAUUAUGACAAGGCCACACUGGAGUAGGGCCGGCCCUAAUCCAACAUGACUGAUGUCCUCGCGGAAGGGGGACAUUUGGACACAGACACACACACGGGGGGAGGGCAUGUGAGGAUGAAGGUGGAGAUCGGGUGGUGUGUUCGCAGGGUGAGGAAUACCAACCGCCCGGCAACUGGAAGAGGCCAGGAAGAGGUUCUCCCUCAGCCCGUAGAAGGCACCAAUCCUCCCAACACCCCAAUUUUGGGCUUCCAGGCUUCGGAACUGGGGGACAAUAGAUUUCUGUGGUUUAAGCCUCCCCCAGUCCGUGGCAUGUCUACCACAGCCUGGGCGGGCUAACACGCGCCUAAAUGCUGAUCGAGCUCACGUGUAGCUUUUGUCACAAGGACCCCCAAAGACAGAGCAGAGGCUCUACACCUGCCCUCAGGUCAUAGGCUGUACUUCUGUUGCUUCUGUCUCAUCUCUGCUGGCCUUGGGCACACACACUUGCUUCCCCUCAAGGGCCACCCCUCCACGUGUGCUCCAAGGAGCACCUGUUGAUGCAGCCGGAGCUGCCCUGCUGGCCUUCAGUGACAUCAGAUGACUUCCAGGCCACUGCCUCAUCCCAUUAUCUGUGCGUAUGAGAUGCAUUGUCUCUUCCUGGGCCUGCACACUGAAUGAGUGUCUCUGAAGCAUCUUUGUUUUCCAAAUGUGAAUGGUCCACUGUAGCAGCCUUGUCUGCCUGACUGUCCCGGGACAGGGGCGGAGGCACAGGCAAGCAGUGUGCCCAGAAGUAGUGAAUACAGCUGCUGAGGACCUGGAUAAGACCGUCUCUUCCCCUUUCCUUUGAGGUCCAGGGAAAUUGCUAGAGGCUACAGACGCCAGCCCAAUGGAUCCCAAACUUGGAAGAGUGGCGUCUUCUGUCCUUGCCUCCCUGCUGCUGCUAGAGAGAAGCAUGUUCUGUCCGUCCUCGCCGCCCCCUGGGCUGUUGGACAAGGCCUUCCAGUACAUCGAGCUCCAUCAGAAUGAGUUUGUAGAGACACUUAAGGAGUGGGUGGCCGUGGAGAGCGACUCUGUGCAGCCCCUGCCCCGCCUCAGGCAAGAGCUCCUCAGAAUGAUGGCGCUGGCAGCCGACAAGCUCCGGCGCCUGGGGGCCAGCGUGGACUCCGUGGACUUGGGGGAUCAGCAGCUGCCUAAUGGUCAGACUCUCCCGAUACCUCCCAUCAUCCUGGCCGAACUGGGGAAUGAUCCAAAGAAACCCACUGUGUGCUUCUAUGGCCACUUGGACGUGCAGCCUGCUAGAAAGGAAGACGGGUGGCUCACAGAUCCUUACACGCUGACGGAAGUGGAUGGAAAACUUUACGGACGAGGAGCAACAGACAACAAAGGGCCUGUUUUAGCGUGGAUUAAUGCCGUGAGCACCUUCAGAUCCCUGGAGGAAGAUCUCCCUGUGAAUAUCAAAUUCGUCAUUGAAGGGAUGGAGGAAGCAGGCUCUGUGGGCCUGGAGGAGCUGGUCAGAAAGGAGAAGGACCAGUUCUUUCCCAGUGUCGACUACAUCGUCAUUUCAGAUAACCUGUGGCUCAGCCAGAGGAAGCCAGCCCUCACCUACGGCACGCGAGGGAACAGCUACUUCAGGGUAGAGGUGAAGUGCAGAGAUCAAGAUUUUCAUUCAGGAACUUUUGGGGGUAUCCUCAAUGAACCAAUGGCCGAUUUGGUUGCUCUUCUUGGUAGUCUUGUAGACUCAUCUGGCCACAUUCUGAUCCCCGGAAUCUAUGACCAGGUGGCGCCUCUUACGGAAGAGGAGAGAGAAAUGUACAAAGCCAUCCAUCUGGACCUAGAAGAAUACCGUAGAAGUAGCCGGGUUAAGAGAUUCCUGUUUGACACCAAGGAGGAGAUUCUAAUGCACCUCUGGAGGUACCCAUCUCUUUCAAUCCAUGGGAUUGAGGGUGCUUUUGAUGAGCCUGGAGCUAAAACAGUCAUCCCUGGCCAAGUUAUAGGGAAAUUUUCAAUCCGUCUGGUCCCUCACAUGGAUACGUCUGUGGUGGAAAAACAGGUGAAACAGCAUCUUGAAAAUAUAUUCUCCAAAAGAAACAGUUCCAACCAGAUGGCUGUUUCUAUGACGCUAGGACUGCAGCCGUGGAUCGCAAAUAUUAAAGAUAAUCAGUAUCUUGCAGCAAAAAGAGCCAUCAGAACAGUGUUUGGAACAGAGCCAGACAUGAUUCGGGAUGGGUCAACCAUACCAAUUGCCAGAAUAUUCCAGGACACUGUCCAAAAGAGUGUGAUGAUGCUCCCGCUGGGCGCUGUUGAUGAUGGGGAGCAUGCUCAGAAUGAGAAAAUCAACAGGUGGAACUACAUAGAGGGAUCCAAAUUAUUUGCUGCCUUUUUCCUAGAGCUGGCUAAGCUGCAUUGAUAACGAGGGCAACCUUCCGGCUUAGAUCUGACCUACUGACAGAUGCGCUCUCCCACACACCUGGCGAGGAACAGAAUCUAAAUAUCCAGAGAACUUCAGGUCCAGGAAAUAAUGUUUCCUUCCCAUUUAAAAUGUCUUAGGACAUUUGGACCAGUCCUAAAAUAUUUGAAAGGCAUAGCCAUUGAAAAUGGCAUACUGUCCCCACAGGACACUUUUCCAAAGUCACCACUACCUGCAACAUCUCCCCAAGUCCGGCUGCAGAAGCCCCGGGAUUGGACUCACUCUUUCCCUGGAGCACAAGGACAAUUCUUUCAUUAGACCCUCCCUGGCAGUUUGAUGGGUCUGAUCCCUGCGGUGGGUUUUUAGCUUCCAAGGUGCUCAUAAUACAUCAUCAUUCCGCACAGUGUGUAGAUUAUCCUUGCUCUUACCACACGUUCCUUUUAUUAGUAAAACUCUUGGUCCCACCAUUGGCUACCAGGAUUUCCCUGUGGGUUCGUUUGUAGAGGAAUAACUAAAGCAUGAUGCCAUAUUAACCUCUUGCUUUCCCUUCAUUUAUUUUGCCUCCUUCUUGGAAGUUCUGAAACAGAAACAAGCAAUAGUCAUAUCCUUAGGCCAUUUGGGAUUCCCUGUGUGAAAAUCAGUACUUUUUCUAUUCCAAGGCUCUUUACCUUUCUUGGAUUGAUGCCAACUGACCACCCCUCCUGCACCCUUUUCUUUCUUGGUACCCCAUCACUGAACACCCCCCCCCCCCGCCAACAUCUGUGCACAUAUAAAGUCACCACCGCAGAAUCAAUUCUGAUAGAAUUUCUCUCACCUUGUUGGAAUUUUACUUAGUGACUACAUCUAAAUUGCUUAAAGCUUUUAAUAGCAUCAAAUUUAGAUAGAGAACAAAUCUAAUCAGCCCCAACACCAGUAACAGGUUCUAAAUUUAAAGCCAUCAGCGAAUGCUGCAUUCAGUAAUCAUUUUAGUUAACCAUCUUGUUUGGCUCGAUUGCAUUUGAUGGUGUAAACAAACAAACAGAAUGUAAUUUUUCUACAGUCGAGUGUAUGUAAACAAAUCAAUUCAAUCUUUAUAAAGUCAUUAUUUGAAUCACAUUAAUGGAGAACUUAAGAGUUUAUUAAAAAUGUUUCUCUUAUGAUUACAAAUAAAAUCAAAGCCUAAUGCAUUUAAUCUCUUUGUGGAUUC